AUGGUUGCCAUCGCAAGCGGGCUGUGGUGGGACCACUCAAAAACUACAGUCUUGGCCGCCACUCUGACCUUGCCGCUUGAGUACAGCAACCUCCUCCUCUCAGGCCUCACUAUCCUCGUAACCAUCGCCGGUUCAAGUUUCUGGAACAUCGUUGCCUUUGCUCUUCAUGAUUGGAAGGCGAGAAACGAAAACCCUAGUGCUCUCGACCUGCAGCACCAGGUCAGUCUGAGGAACUCUGCAGGUGCUACUCAGACCCUGUGGGAGACUUUCAAGAUCCAUAAAGCUUGGUCAAAGAACUGCAAAAAGCCAAUCGUCAAGCAGACAUGUUCUGUGGCAGUUCCGGCUCUGAUAGUCUCAGCAGGAUUCGCCAUCGCCGCGCUGUUCACCUCGAGAGUGGCCAACAAAGCAUACAGCACUGUAGUUGCAAGAGUACAGCCAAGCAACUGUGGAUUCUGGUUAUUCAACACCACCAGUGACGAGGAUCUCCCAGCUCUGAGCGCGAUGGGGGCAAAAGGGCAAAACGACACUCGUCGGGCCCGCAGCCAUGUCGCCAACUUCUAUGCCAAUACUAGCAGCUCGAUAGCUCCAUCGAUAUUUAUCCGACCAACUCUUCCAUACGAUAUUAGUAGUUCCGCACCUUGCCCUAUCCCGGCUCGUAACCGCUGCAUUUCGGGACCUGAUCAAGCGUUUAGCAUCACGUCUGCCUUUCUGGACUCUCAUGAGAUGCUGGGAAUCAAUGCCAAGUUUGAGGAUCGAGUCAGUAUACAACUGAGCCUAACGUGCUCUCCUGUACAUACGGAAGACCUCGUCCGGGAAAGUCACAAUGAAGACGGCGCUUUUAUGAAAUUUUUCCUUGGGCCAAUUCAUGGCCUGACGGAUUAUACAUACAGGUACAACAAAGCAAUCGGAAACAAGACUGGAAUCGGCUAUCUGAUACAGUACGUUGCCCCGACUUUCCUUUUCACUGACGACUAUAAGAAAGAUGGAACAACUGGCUGUGUUCUUGCCCAUGCUGAUGAGUUCAAGGUCCUAUCCUACAUUCGCAAAUAG